CCCUCCUCGCCGCCCCCCUCUUUCCGCUCACGUGCCUCCUCCCCCACCUCUCGACACAACUCCCAGCCGGUAGACCAGACGCUCGCGGAUACAUUUGAUGCCGGUGGAGCGGACAGCGAUGAAGAGAAUGAUGGCGAUGAUAGACAGAGAUUAAUGCGCGGGUCGCCGGCCUCGGCCUCCGUGGAGCGGAUCCCGACCCCAGAGCCCACCGAGGGAGAGCCUGAACGGCCACAGGUGGAGAGGCGGCCGACACAAUUCCCCAUCUUCACACCGAGAACUACGAGAGUAUAUGGCGGGGGAUCGGGGUCAGACGGUGUAUUUGCGAAUCUGGCUGCGAAGCCUGAGGUGGGCGAGAAGACGGAAGAACAUCCACCUACAUACGAACAAGCAGCAGCAGAUGCCGCGCCCCCAUAUUGGGAAACUACUAUCCUUGCACCGGGACUCGGUGGCCCCGACGAUGUAUACGUCGAGGGUCUGCCCGUUGGCUCCGUCUUUUCCUUUAUCUGGAACGGCAUGAUUUCGAUGUCUUUCCAACUUGUCGGUUUCCUUCUCACCUACCUCCUCCACACCACACACGCUGCGAAGAACGGUUCGCGCGCCGGUCUGGGCAUCACGCUCGUGCAGUAUGGCUUCUACAUGAAAGGCUCAGGCGGCGCCGCCGCGACCCCCCCUCCGAAUGGGCAAGAUCCACAGUAUACACCACCUCCAGACCCUAACAGCCACGAUUUCGACCCAAACCAAGUAACUCAACCGGCCGGGACGGAGAAUCAGUCAUCAGGAGGGCUGGGUGGAAUUCCCAGCAGCGACUGGAUAGCGUACAUCUUAAUGAUUGUUGGAUGGUUCAUCUUAAUCCGUGCCGUGAGCGAUUUCCUGAAGGCGCGACGGCUCGAACAACUCGUGCUCCAAAGCCCGGACCGCGGGCUGAACGUCCCGGUAAUCUCCAACGAGGAGGAGCCGGAGACGGUCGUAUGA